AUGAGCGGGAAGACAAUGCGCGCCAAGAAAAACCCGAUAUUCUGGGAUCGUGACGCUGUGAAGGAAGGCAAGUCGUCUCUACAGGUCGUGUUCGACUGGCUCUCAACCGAGAUAAACUACAACAAGUGGCGAGGCAGUGACCGCAACAACGGAAACACCAAGGAAGCUCUGCUGAAAGAGAUUGUAUCGGAAUUUAAAGCCGCGCAAACCGGCUCCGGCAUUACGAGCGAGGCUACCCUGCGAGGUGAGGUCCUCAAACGCUGCCCGUAUUACUUCAAGCUGGCUGAUGUAUUCGAUUCCCGGCCCUCCGCUCGCCCUAGCAUAACGUCAGACGGCAUCGAUGAAGAGGAGGAGGAGGCGAGCAGCUCUAAUUCCAUUGUUCAGCGCGGUGAGAAGCGCCCACUCGCGUUAGAUGACGACGACUACGAUGCGAAGCACCAGAAGAAGGACCCUGUCGAGAAGUUGCUGGACCAGCAGCUCACGGCAAGCAAGCAGAGAGCGCAAAAGACAAACCGCAUGUUGCAGCUCCAGGAAACCAAGUUGGAGCUGAAACAGCGCGAAAUCAAGCUAAAAGAGGAGCAAGCCAAUGUUGAUUUAGUUCUGAAAAGAGUUCAACUCGAGACAGCGCAGCGCGAUGCCGUCGUGCAACUGGUACUUGCCCGCAAACAACUUCUUUCAGCCGUGCGAGGGACCAAAACUGUCGUGCGACGCGAAUUGAUUGGCUAA